AAAAAGCAGGGAGCCGUGCUCAAAUUUUCAGCUAGCUGAGAAGAAUAGGAAAAGAAAGGCCCCGUAAGACGUGCUUGUCAACAGCAGUGCGUAGUACAGUACUGUGCUGUACGUUGCGAAGGUGAAAAUUCGGCAAUCUCGCCAUGGUGCACGAUUUCGAGUAGUGCGAGUUGUGUGUGGCUGCGAGUGCGGUGAAGGAAAGAAAAGGCGCCGACGAGCUUGCUCGAAGCGGCCUUCAUCACUGCUUCGGAGCCUGGCGAGAGACCCUGGAAGACCGGAGCAGGAGGAACGGGAAAAUAAAAAAGACGAGGGCUGUUGCCUCGAGAAGGAGUGACCAGCCCAGCCGACCGCUCUUUGAUUUGUCACCACCAGCUGGCCAUGUCCCUGCUCGAGCCUCGCCACAUGCAAAACUACAGCGAUGCGACGGCGUUGGAGCCACACUGGGGCUACGUCUCUAGGGCCUUGCCGUGCACCAGCGAUGCGGGCUCAUGUGCAUAUCUCGACGUCGUCUACCAUUCCCACGACCUGGGCAUGCUCUACAUAGGCAUCAUCUGGGCCACCAUCGGAGCGAUCCUCUUCAUCUGGGCCAUAGCGACGAGAUGUGUCGCCGCGUCCAAGGCCACGUCGCCCCUUGUGGCUACAAAUGAUGAAGUUGACGAGAGCAGCGACGAGAUGGCCGCUCGCGCGUCUGCCACUUCCUCUUCUAGCUGGCGCUUUCUGGCCGCUUUCAAGAGCGGCGCCCGCCGCAGGCUUCUUCCUGACGUAGCUGGCCGCCGCACCUUUGGCCGCACAACCAGGCUCCAAGUCCUCGUCCUUGCCGUCCUUGCCGGCUACCUCCUCAUCUGGACUUUUGUUGGCAUCGUGUACAGGACAUGGAUCACGCCCGUCAAGAAGCAUCCCGGCCUCAACAACACCCGCACCAGCCUCGGCCCGUGGUCAGACCGUGUCGGGGUACUCGCCUAUGGUUUGACCCCGCUCUCGAUCCUGCUUUCGAACCGUGAGAGCCUGCUGUCGAUCCUGACCGGCGUCCCCUACCACCACUUCAACUUCCUCCACCGCUGGCUGGGCUACAUCAUCGUCGCCCAGAGCCUGCUGCACACGAUUGGAUGGACCAUCAUCGAGGCGAGACUGUACCAGCCUCAGCCCACCGAAGCUCAGGCGUGGAUCACGCAGACCUACAUGGUCUGGGGGUGCGUCGCGAUCAUUUUGAUCGUCCUUCUCUUCGUCCUCAGCCUGCCUUUCGUCAUCAGACGGACCGGGUACGAAUUCUUCCGAAAGGCCCACUAUGUCCUUGCCAUCGUCUUUAUCGGUGCAUGCUGGGGCCACUGGGCGAAGCUGCGAUGCUUCCUCCUGCCCUCGCUCCUCAUCUGGUUCCUAGACAGAGGCGCCCGUCUCGUCCGGUCCUUUCUUCUCCACUACAACUUCCUCAGCGACGGCACCAUGGGCUUUCGCCCAGCACAGGCGACCGCAACGACCUUUGGCAGAAGAAAGCACGACAGCAAGGACGACGACGAAGACGACGCAGAGGACGAAGACAGCGUUGUUGUCCGGCUCGACUUUGAGCAUCGGCAGGAUCCGUGGAACAUCGGCCAGCAUUUUUACCUCUGCUUCACAGACGCAUCCAUCUGGCAGUCGCACCCCUUCACACCUCUCUCGGUGCCGACGUCUUCCCACAAGCCAGGCUUCGUCCGGCAUUCUUACGUCUUUCGCGCAAAGGGCGGCGAGACGAAGAAGGUGGCAGAUGCCAUGAUCGCCAAGUCGGGCAGAGCGACCGGAAAUGAUGUGGCCAUAAAAAACCCAACAACGGGCAUCAUCCUCACCGGACCAUAUGGCCAGUCGAUCGUGGAUCGUCUGGACAGGGAGUUGAAAACCAAUGUGCUCUGCAUCGCCGGCGGAACGGGCAUCACCUUUGUCCUUCCCGUGCUGCUGCAUCUCGUUCGGAAUCGCCGAGCCCAGGCGAUGCCGAGGCUGGAGCUGCUCUGGGUUGUGAGGCGGGCAAAGGACACGGCGUGGGUUCAGGCCGAGCUCGAAGAGCUCAGGGCGGCAAAGGACUUCGUGACAGUCCAUAUCUGUGCCACGCGCGAAGGCGGGCAAGCUGGUCCACAGGACGAUUUAAUUGGCGAAAAAGAAGGCAAGGAUUGCUCGAAAGCGUGCGACUGUAUCGAAGAGGGUCAGCAGCUGUCGUACGGUGCUGUCAAGAACCGCCAUGGUCGACCAGCCCUGAGCACCGCGAUCAGCAGCUUCGUCACCUCGACAUCGCGUGGCCCCGUCGUCGUCUACGCCAGCGGACCAGGCGAGAUGAUGACCGAGGUCAGGGGGGCUGUGGCGAGCUGCAACUCGGGAAGCAAAGUGUGGCGAGGCGAUCAGAGCCACGACGUGGAACUCGUGUGCGAUGACCGCCUUGAGUGGUAGCUGCUCUACACAAUCUUCCUCACGACAUCGCAAUCAAAAGCUGUUCGACAGCCUGCGUCAGCGAAGCUCGACGUGUGAGACUGUGUGCCAUUGAGCUGCAUUGAUGGUGCUGCUUUUGAAGCUGAGCAAUUUGAGUUGUAAAUGUACCGACGGGCCCAAAGAAAGAAAGAGGGUGUGGGAUCUUUAGCUUACUUCGGUCCUCGUUCGCCCCUUCGGUCGGCAAGACGUGGCUGGUUUAAAGUGUGAGCUAGUUGGAGCACAGGCACAUCAAAUUUGUAAUCAGACCAAGCCUUAUCUUGGGCUGACAAUAACACAACCAAUAGCGCACGGACGCGCUCACCCAAAAAGUCUCGACAAAAAAAAGGAAGAAGAGAGAGGGAAACAAAAAAAAAGUUUUGUUGAGGAAGUCAAAGCCAGGCAUGAGAGAAUUCUCC